UUAUUAUCCCCCUCAAUUGCUCGAGCGGACAUUCCGUGGCCGGCCAGGACCGACUGGGGUGGACACGACCCUGCAACCCCUUUCGCUGAGCUUAUGAUCAACACCCAUUCUAUGUUCUGGCCAGUUGCCAUUUUCAUCUACGUCUCGGCAAUAUACAUGGUUAAGAAGUAG